AGGAACACCAAGGGAUCAUAAUGCGAGUCCUGCUUCACCUAUAGGAGCCCACAGUACAGGACUAACACGGGACUAACACGGGAACACACCGGAGCGCUUCUGUAUUCUGUCCGGGAUGCGCCUCUGAAUUCGGUCCACCAAUCAGGACAGAGAUUCAGCCACACAAAGCUUACAUAUCAACCGUCGUGCACCAUAUCCGACUGAAAUGAGAACCGCAGAGGAGUCUUCGAGCACGGUACUGCACCGACUCAUCCAGGAGCAGCUUCGUUACGGGAACCCCACCGAUACCCGAGCCCUCCUGGCAAUCCAGCAGCAGGCUCUCCGCGGGAGCAGCAGCAGCAGCGGCGGAGGCGCCGGCAGCCCUCGGUCAUCUCUGGAGAGCCUCACGCAAGAGGAGUCGCACUUCUUCCAGACGUCUAUGCGCCAGGAACCUCAAGGCCAGGAGCACCAGAGCGACUACCAGCACACCGAAAGCCCCGCGUGCCACCUCUACCAGCUCCACACGGAGGAGCUACCCACCUACGAGGAGGCCAAAGCGCACUCGCAGUAUCUGGCCGCCCAGAGGGGUCAGGCUAGUCUUAUUAAACAGACCGGGCUGGAGGUCUUCAGCCCAGACUCGGGGGUGGAACAGGAUUUGGGAGUGUGGGAUCUGAAACUGGAACAUGCGCGGUCUUUGAGCGAGCGCCUCAUGCAGCUUUCGCUGGAAAGGAAUGCUGCCCAAGACCAAGUGCCCAUGACCUCGUCGCACAGCUACCCCCAGCUGUCGGGUACCGCUGGAGCCGCCGUGUACGAUCCGGUAGAUCAGCGCGGGCCGCCACCGGAGUAUCCGUUCAUGGUCAAGUCCCCUGCCUAUAUGCUGAGCCAUUCCCAAGAAAACGGACACUAUUACCGGGAGCCGCCUGCUUUCCACUCCCAGCAUCACAGGUAUGUUCAGCCACAGACCCAAGUUUCCCGAAGCAACGCCCUCCCCACGGCGACCCCUGCUGGCCAGGAAGUCAUCGUCGGAGGCUACAGCAUCGCAGCGCCCAACCCUCAAAUGGAGCUUCUGAUGAAAGAAAACGAAAGGCUAAGAAGGGAAGUGGAGAGCUACAGCGAGAAGGCGGCCAGACUGCAAAAGCUGGAGCAGGAGAUCCAGAGGAUAUCCGAGGCGUACGAGACGCUCAUGAGGGGCUCGGCCAAGCGAGAGGCGCUGGAAAAGACCAUGAGGAACAAGCUGGAAUGCGAAAUCAAGAGGCUCCAUGAUUUCAACAGAGACCUCAGGGAGCGCCUGGAAACUGCGAGCAAACAGAGAGCUGCCGUGGAAGAUGAAGAUCGCAGCCAGCACGUCUUUGCCAAACUGGCCGAGCAGAAUGAGGAGCAUCAGCGAGAAUGCGAGCGCCUAGAGCGUGAGCUGCAGCGCCUCAGAGCCUCCGGGGACGACUGGUCCCGGCGACGGGAAGCCCUGGAGCAAGCCCUGGUCUCGGCUCAGUCGAGGAACCGGACGCUGGAGGACGAGCUGAGAAAAAAACGAGCCUACGUGGAGAAAGUGGAGAGGCUGCAGAGCGCCCUGGCUCAGCUUCAGGCCGCCUGCGAGAAGAGGGAAGCGCUGGAGAUGAAGCUUCGGACCAGACUGGAGCAGGAGUUGAAGAGUUUGAGGGCACAGCAGUGGCAGUCUCAAGGCCAGUGGGCAAACAACAGCGGUGCCACCUCCGUCCUGAGUGCCUCGUCCUUGCAGCAGCGACUGAGGGAAAGAGAGGAACGCAUCUUGGCUUUAGAAGCAGAUAUCACACGCUGGGAGCAGAAAUAUCUCGAGGAGAGCACGAUGCGCCAGUUUGCCAUGGAUGCUGCCGCCACCGCUGCUGCCCAGAGGGAUACAACGAUCAUCAACCAUUCCCCUCGGCAAUCGCCCAACAGCAGCUUCACCGAGGUGCUGCCAACGUCUGAGCACAGGCAUCAGGAGAUGGAGAGCAGAAUCCGAGCUCUCUACGCCAAGCUCCUCGAGAAGGACGCUAUGAUCAAAGUCCUGCAAGAGCGCUCCCGCAAGGAACAGGCUCGCCAAGAACUCGCGGGUCUCCGGCCGGCCCGUUCCGUCCCGUCCAUCUGCACCGCCGCCACCAUGACCGCCGUCCGUCCCAAAGGGAAGAGCCUAUCGGAUGACCAGACAGCUACGGCGACCAUGCCGCCAGCGCCCUGUGCGCUAACCAAGACUCUGAGCCGGGACAGCAGCACGCAGUGCGACGGGACACAGGACGACACGACUGUCGUAUCGGAACCGGCAGGAAACACACUGUCGCCAGGCUCAGAUCCGUCCACGAAGAUCGCCCAGACGCAGACUCCCACCCAUACGCCGAGCGGUGCUAAGAGCGACGACGACGUAGUGGAAAUUCUCAUCUGAAGAACUCUCGCCCACUUGGCGCAGGAACAGGAUUCGGCUCGACGCCGUAUAUAUCGGAAUCUAGAUCUGCGGGGCGGAAUCGGGAACGUCGAGCAAACCUGGUGUUUGAGCAGGCGCCCGUCUGUAAGAGGAGGAAUCCGGAUCCGGAGUUUCGCCGGUGCGGACAGGAGAGCUGAGCUCCCUUGGCUGCGGAGAAACGGACACAUCCAAGCUGGCCUCGAAUGUACUCCCGAGGUACUUGUACAGAGGCUGCUGUGAAACGGAGCAGAUCGAGGACUGUUACUAUGAUAUGUUAAUAUAAUGGAAGCUUUUGUGUAUUUAUAUUUCUGACGACUGCUGCUGAACCGAGUGUGAGGUUUGUUUCGAGUGUAUGCGGGCGACCGUGUCUGAAUGUCCGGUUUUGAUAUUGCCGUCAUGGUGGCGUGACAAGAGAUGUUCCUGUUCCGACUUAGUAUAGCUUUUCUACUCCAUUCUGUAUCCAUUCCUGGUUAAAACACACACACACACACACACACACACACACGUUUAUCACUGGUUGUUCUGUUAAACCAGGCUCAAAAAAGAACAGUAUGUCUUGCGCUAUGCCAGCUAUACCAUACAGGCCAUGGAUUAAACAGUUUACCAGAAUAGUUGGGUAAAUAACCAUCGACUGGAUGCGACUGGACACUCCCUUUGACCAAAUUAACAUUACAGUUGGCGUUUCUGUUAUUGGGCUCCCCAUUUUUAACCAGCGGAAUGAGAUGCCUCCUUUUACGGACAGCCGGGCACCUUCCAGACUCAUUUAGAGACACACAGGGAUGCUUGAAAUGCCAGAUUAUCAUUUUGGGCCCAUACCGGCAUGCCUUCGAGCUUCAGGAGCUAAAGUCUUCCAGUCUGGAAUGUUUCUGCUUGGUGAAACAGGCACUGACCCCUGGUCUGUGUGAGAUGGUUGGCAUACGUGCUACUAUUCCGUCUUCUGGCUCUAUUUAUUUCACGGUAGCCGGUCCUACUGUGGACGACGACGUCGCGACUAUAUUCGAUCUUAUAUACGUUACUGUCUUAACUUACAUUACAUUUCUGCGGUCACUCCGUGCCAGCCUAUGAUGUGAAUUCGCCAGUGCCCAGUAAAGCAAGGCUAAAAAAAUGUACCCUGUUGGAAAUGGAAAGCCACAUUCUACGUCAGACUGGAAGUGUUGGUAAUCAGUAUUGCACCACAUCCUGUACCAUCACCGAGCUCGACUUUUAUUCCCCUUUUACCCUCCAGUACAAACCUCUUGCUGGUCGAUGGUUUGUACUGGAGGCGUGCAGGUUUUGCUCCUUGGGACUGUUUACAGUGAGGACUGUUGGGAAAAGAGAAGAUGUUAAUAUAUUUUGUAUAGUAUUGCUUUUAUAGUAUCUAGUGAACAUAAUGCCAAAGAUUUGCAUUACAGAAUAAGUUAUAUAAUUAUAAACUAUGAGCAGUUGUAAGGUCACGUGUAGAUGCCCUGCUCGGUCUGGUUGAACCAUACUUAGACGUUGCUGUGAAUUCUGCGAUGGGAUUUUGUAUGCCAUUAACAUUUCAGUAAUACAAAUAAAACCUUAAUAUAUUAUCUUUUCAAA